AUUAUAUUUAAUAGAUGAAGUUUCCUCAGCUGAAAAGACUUAUUCAAAGAAUUACUUUCUGUGUUCCUGUGGCUGUUGCAUUUCUUGACUGUGUAGCUUAUGUAGCAAGAGUUGAAGGAAUAUCAAUGCAGCCUGUGUUAAAUCCUGAACAAAAAACACAUGAUUAUGUUCUCUUAAACAAAUGGAGUAUUCGAGACUUCAAUAUAAACCGUGGAGAUAUUGUAGCUCUUAUAUCUCCUCGUAAUCCGGAGCAGAAGAUCAUCAAAAGAGUUAUUGCCACCGAAGGCGAUGUCGUCAAGACUUUAACAUAUAAGAAGCGAUAUAUGCCUAUUCCCCAGGGACACUGUUGGGUCGAGGGUGAUCAUCACGCGCACAGUAUGGAUAGCAACUUUUUUGGUCCAGUAGCAGUUGGUCUGAUAACGGCAAAAGCAUCCCACAUUGUGUGGCCUCCUUCACGCUGGAGAAAAUUAUAUCCCGAACUGCCCGAGAACCGCAUCCCCUCUAAUCCCAGCUACUAUUAUUACGAGACCGAAGACGAUGCUUUGGAAGAAAGUGCUACCUAAGGCUGCAAUUAACAGUUGUUUUUUUAUAGUCAUUACAGUUGAAAAUUUUAUUCUUGUAUCAUAUACAAAAUCAAUAAAUUGUUAGUCUUUUAGAAAGGUUGAAAUGCUAUAAUUUGAUUCUUAUUUAGUAAAUUUCUCAGAGAUAACUAAAUUCUUCCCACAUACAAUUUUUCUUAAGAUGGCAUUCCUUUUUUUUCAUCGAAAGAAAUGGCAUUUAAGAUAGUUCUACAUUCUCAGGAGAAUUGUCUCUUAUGAGAAUAGUUUUCCUAAAAUAGCGCAGUUGAACAUUUAAUAAAAAAAAAGAAGAAAAAAAACAUUUUUUUACAAUUUCCAAGACUUCAUUAGAAACAUUCCG